AUGGAAUUGAACAUUGCGUCACGGUAUAACCCCCCAACCCUUUGCUGUAAUCAUGCUCAAUCAACAGACGGAUGGGCGAUCAUUAGAUUGUCACACCUCGUAUAAUAGGGCCAGCCGCUGUGUGUCGCUUAGCAACAGGUAUGAAAGUAUACGUCCAAGGUGGACUCAAGCCAAACAUUCUAGCAUCGGACUAUCAGUAUUAUGUUACUGUAUACUUACCCACCUCCUAACUACCUACUGGAUAUCUGCCUACUACCUAGCUACCUAUUCCAAAUGAGACUAUCAGAUCUUACAAUGUAACGUAUCCAUCACGGAGCAGAGUCUGGUAUCCUUUCCCAACUGAGU